AUGAACGAACAGCCUCGCAUCCUGCGUCCGCGCCCGAGACGACCAUUCGACCUGACACCCGCUUCAACGGAGUCCUCCGGACCCCCAACACCGGCCGAGUCAACAGGCCCCGAGUACCUGAACCCGCAAGCAGAAACAUCGAACUCAACGAGCGUGAGUCGCACAGGAUCAGUGAUGAACCUGACCUCAUCAACGCUAUACGGGAUCUACUCGCCCACGGCGUUUGACGGAUUCCGCGACGAGUCCAGCCCUUGGGGCACGGAAGCCAACAGCCCGGCAGCAGAGUUCCCGCCCGAGCCAUUGCAGCGCGCAGCAGAGAAAUCGGCCAUCGAGCCGCGGCGGAUGGCGUUGCGGAGGACUCGGUCUCGGCUGAGCCAUGGGUUGUUCCGGGGCGUGAUCUUGCCGCAGGCAUUGAGCAGCGUGCUGCUCUUUGGAUUUGGUCUUGCUUACGGUGUGAUCACGGUUCAUCUUCAUCAGAACCAUUGGAUUACACCUGUCAAGCUGGAGAAUAUUCAUUACUACGACUCAUGGCAAUAUUUGGGCUUCUGGGGUUUUGCUGGUAUUGCUCUGGGUAACUUGCUUCCUUGGUUGGAUAGCUGGCGCGAGGGCGAGCCUGAUUCGAAGCUCGCGGGUACCAAUGAGGAGGAGAGUGAGGAUCGCACCCCGUCUUGGGUUACUGUUGCCCGCAGUGUUGGAGCGUUUGUUGGAAUUGCGUUUGCUAUGCGGAGACUCCCUUGGGAAUCUACCACGCAAGCAUCGUUGACCCUCGCGCUCGCCAACCCCGUUCUCUGGUAUCUGAUUGACCGCACCACGACUGGCUUCGUUCUCUCGACCACCGUUGGAUUGACUGGCAUGGGAGUGGUUCUCGGCCUCAAGCCAGAGCUUGUGCCCACAUCGACCGGCCCAUCAUUAGGUGCCAGUCUUCUGAAUGGAACAGGACUGGAGAAUGUGCUGGGUGCAGGCAUUACACAGGAGAGCAUUGCAGUCCGUACUUGGGUUGCCAGUGUCAUUUUCUGCGCGUGCGUCUGCUUUGGAAAUGUUGGCCGUCAGCUUGCCAUCGGAGCUGGCAUUAGAGAUGUCAUGAAGCCAUGA